CUUACACUCACAAAGUUAUAACCAUGGGCUUCCGGCAGGGCGCAGUCCUUGCUUCUUGCUCUUUCUUUUUGGGCGUGCUUUUCAUUUGCUUUUUCGUCGACUAUCCCGUUCUUUUCGGUGACCUCACCGAAGAGGUUGUCGAAAACGGCUUCCAGUUCUAUACCACCUUCUUCAAUGCUCCUCCCGCUAUCAAGGCCCUCUUGCAUGGUUUCAUUGGUUUUGGCAUCCUAGCGCUAGUGGGGAAGCUGAGCAUAUGGGAUGAGAGCGCCAUGUUCUUCGAUGGUUCCAGCCUUGCCGCGUACAUCUUUGCCAUUUCCGUCUACCUGGCUGUGACCGUUCCCUCGCUGCGCACUAUCGUCACCCCCGUCGAAGGCGUCGACACGCGUGCGGACCAAAUCGAAGCUAUGCGAGUGCUUUCUGCCGGAAACACGAUUAUGAUUGCUGUAUUGGGUGCUAUAUUAGUCCUUCAGGGAGGACAAGAAUACGCGGCGCGUGCUAUGGCGAAGGAGCUUGCAAAGCUCGAGGAGGAGGAGCGCAAAACGAAGAAGACGCGGCCUGCGGAGGCGGGCGGGAAGCCGGGAGCGAAGGCGGGUAAAGAUAAGCAGGACUAAGUACGUACUGGGUGAGACGAGAAUAGUGUAGAUAUUUGUUUCUUGAUAAUUCACAGGUUUUAACCUGC